AAAGGCUCAUCACUUGUGAGAGUUCAUAUAAGAGGACAUAUCUUUCAAUGAGCUACCCCACUGAACUAGGUGCAAUCUAAGGGAGGCUCCAUGAAGGUUCUGCUGCUAUUUCUGCUCUGCGGAGUUGCCUGCUCUUCAGCAGAUCCCUCUAGACACGACAAUGAUGCAAAUUUGUUCACCAUACGCCAUGAACAACAUAAAAAAUGCCUUGAGUACGACAAUAAUCAAAUCACAAUGGCCAGCUGUUCUGCAGAAAACGAGGCCCUGUUAUGGAAAUGGGUCUCCAACCAUCGACUCUUCCACUUGCAGUCCCAGAUGUGCCUUGGGAUUAACCUCACAAUUCCACUGGAUCCUUUAAAAAUGGUUCCAUGCAACUCAGAUUUAAUGCUGUGGUGGAGAUGCCACGAUGGGUCUAUAUAUGGGGCGUCACAAUACAAACUAACAGAAAAGAAUGGAGCUGUGACUGCAAGCUUCUCGUCCAAUGACGAAUGGAGAAGGGAUAACACUUUAGAAAAUGUGUGUUAUCAUCUGUACCGUGAAAUAUAUACUAACAGAGGGAACUCUGCCGGAAAGCCAUGUGAAUUUCCCUUUCUCAGACAUGGAACCUGGCACCAUGACUGUAUCAAGGAAGCGAAUGACACCCAGGAAUGGUGCGCCACCACCUCCAAUUAUGAUACUGAUGGAAAAUGGGGAUAUUGCUUAAAACCAGGCAAUGGCUGUCAGGAAAGCUGGGUACAGAAUGUAAAGCUUCAGAGCUGCUACCAGUUUAAUAUGGAAUCCAUCCUGACAUGGAAGGAAGCCUACAUUUCCUGCCAAAACCAAGGUGCUGAUUUGCUGAGCAUCUCAACCCCAGAAGAACUGCAGGUUUUCACUGAUAAGGAGGAUGUUCCUGAUUCGGUAUGGAUUGGUCUGAACCAUCUAGAUACAUCUGGGGGCUGGCAGUGGUCUGACCAUACACCUCUGAGGUUUAUUAACUGGGAUAAAGACAGAGCCAGCUUUUCACUGCUGGAUGACAAAGACUGCGCUAUACUGAACACAGACACCGGCCGAAUGGAAAAUAUUCACUGUGAAAAAUCUUUGCCUUAUAUAUGCAAGAAAAACCUAAGGAACACAGAAUCUAAAGGUGACUGGUUCUACUCUGAGACCCAAUGUGAGCCGGGCUGGAUUCCAUAUAAUGGGUUUUGUUAUAUGUUGCAUCAACCAAGCAGGUGGAACAACGCUGAGCCUUCCUGCAAGAAGGAAGGAGCGGAUCUUAUCAGCAUGCAUUCCUUGGCCGAUAUAGAAAUGGUGGUGACAACAUUUCAGGGAGAGAGUGAAGAUAUUUGGUCAGGGCUUAAAAAUGAAGCUUCCCCGGCCUUCUUUGAGUGGUCUGAUGGGACAGAAACGGACUUUACUUACUGGGAUCGAAAUGAACCAACUGGUACCUUCAACUCAAUUACUCACUGUGUCUCCUUUGCAGCAAAGUCCGGACGAUGGCACGUUAAAUCCUGCAAAGAAGAAUUCAAAUAUAUCUGUAAGAAAAAGGGUGAAAUUAAUGACACCAUAACAGACAAGGGAUGCCAAAACGAUACGAACUCGGUAAGACACGGCAACUCCUGCUAUUGGGUUGACCCGACAGAAGUGCCCUUCGGAGCCAAAUGCAAUCUCACAGUGACCAACAAAUUUGAACAGGAGUUCCUUAAUUACCUAAUGAAAAACCAAAAGAAAUUGAAUGGGAAAUAUUUCUGGACCAGUUUAAGAGAUUCAAACCAUACAGGAGACUAUUGUUGGGAAACAGCAGAUGGGAAACAGGACAUGACCUACUCUAACUGGAACGUUCUUGAGCCAGCCUCACGUGGUGGAUGUGUUGCAAUGGGAACCGGCCCGCCUCUUGGUAAAUGGGAAGUCAAAGAUUGUAAAACCUUUAAAGCUCAAUCUAUCUGCAAAAGACAAAUUGGAUCUCCCAAGCCAGACACUAGGCCCAAACCCACGGACACGUGCCCAGAGGGCUGGUAUUCUGGAUCUGAUCUGUUCUGUUACAAACUGUUUCAUGUUGAAAGAAUAUUGAGGAAAAGGACCUGGGAGGAGGCUGAAGGAUUAUGUGAAGAAUUUGGAGGACACCUUGCCAGCUUUACUCAUGAGAAGGAGAAAGAAACAUUAACUGCAUUCAUAUUGUCAGCUACAAGAAGAAAUCCUUGGAUCUGGAUUGGGCUAAAUAAAAGAAACCCCGCACUGCAUGGAAGCUGGCAGUGGAGUGAUGACCGGCCAGUCUCUGACGUUGUCUUGCCAUCAGAUUUUAAUGAAGAUGAUCAUGAUCUCAAAGACUGUGUUGCCUUUAUGCCAUACAGGGAUAGCUGGGAAAACAGGAUAGUGAAUACAAUGAGAGUAAUGCACUGUGACGUCACUUUGGAGUGGGUGUGCCAGGUUCCUAAGGGAACCCCAUUGAAGAUACCUGAAUGGUAUAUACCAGACUGGAAGGAUAGCUCUCAUCCAACCAUUGUAACUGCACAAGCUCAUUUCUGGUUCAUAACUGACCCACUCCUUGAUUACAAGGAAGCCCAGUUAUAUUGUUCCAACGCUGGCAGUACAUUGGCCUCUGCGCAGUUUCUACAUGAGCUCGAAAACAUCCAAGAACAACUGAAACAUCUGGCAGAAGUGAAAAAGAUUUUCCCUUUAACACAAAACUGGUGGUUGUCAUCUCUUCAGGUAGAAGAAUAUUCCUGGCGUUUGAGAUUCAUAUUUGGCACCCAUGGUGGAAAGGAUUGCUUGUUUGUGUCGGCGCAGAGUUGGAUCAAAGGCUACAUAGAAGGUAUAGACUGCUAUCAAAAACUGCCGUUUAUAUGUGAAAGCCGGAACAUGACAUUAUUGGAAAGAAAUACUACAAGAAGGGACGUAUUCAAAGGGGAUUGCCCUAAAACCUGGCUGAGCUUUGGUGACAAGUGCUUUAUAAAGACAAAACCAAAGUUAAUGACUUAUCAUAACGCAGAAGAGGAGUGCAAAGCAUUUGGCGCCACCCUUCCCACUAUCACUAGCCAGCGUGAGCAAGAUUUCAUUACUUCCCUGCUACCAAACAUGACUACAGCAUUUUGGAUUGGCCUGAGGUUUUUUCUAUAUGAAAGCGAAUCCAAAUGGAUCGAUGACCAGGAGGUCAACUACACCAACUUCAAUCCACUUCUCCACAGCUUGGAUCCUUCUUCAGAGUUCCAACUUCGUGAGAGGAAUGAAGUCAGUUAUAUUCAUUGUACCUUCGUUCUCAAUGAUCCCAGAUCAACGUUUCCUGGAACAUGGGAUACCACGUAUUGUGGGAGUUAUCAGUAUUUGUCCCUCUGCCAACAAUAUAAAGCCAGUCCUGGAAAACCAACUCCCAUGGUCGUGCCUGAAGAUGUGGAAUAUCAGGGCCAGAAAUACAAAAUGAUCCAAAAGAACGUGACUUGGUAUGAGGCCUUGGCGCAAUGUAGCCGGCAUGAUAUGAAGCUAGCCAGCCUAACGGAUCAGUACCACGUUGCCUUUCUUGCUCUCAAGGUUGGUGCCUUAGGCCAUGGAAUGUGGAUUGGACUAUCCAGCAACCAGGAUGGAAUCCACUAUCGGUGGCAGGAUGGGAAGCCUGUGACUGUGAGUCGAUGGUCUAAGGAUGAAGAAGAGAAUGAGAAGUGCGUUUAUAUGGAUACUGAUGGUUUCUGGAAGACAAGGAACUGUAAUAAUCAGAUACCAGGAGCGUUUUGUUACACUGUACCAGAGGAUUCAGUCGCAAAGCCAGUGGAAAACCACACAGUGUCUUGUCCUCAAAGAAUUAAGGACACUCAAUGGAUACCGUUCCGGAACAGCUGCUAUUCUUUUAUUUCAACCCAUAAAAGGUGGCCCUUGAACGACACACACUCGCGUUUUGUCUGCAGGGACCUCCACCCAGAUGCAGUUGUGUUGAACAUCAGAGAUGAAGAGGAAAACAAUUUUGUAAUGAAUGAGCUGCAGCCGUACCGUGACCUGGUGACAUGGCUGUGGUUGGGAAUGUAUUAUGACAUCAAAGAUAAGCGCCUUUUGUGGUUUGAUGAGACGUUUGUGAAGUAUUCAAACUGGAGAUACGGAAGGCCUUAUGUUUCCAAUGAGAUGUUUUAUGCAGGAAUGAGCUUGGAAGGCUUGUGGGACACCCACAGUUUCUCCGAUAAUGAAGAAGUCAUGUCAUUUAAAUACAAAACUAUCGUUGCUUGUAAAAUUGAAAUGGGCUCCAAGGAGCAAUACAGCCAGUCCCAGCCAGCAGACAUGGUGCAUGAAGGUCUCACUUAUCAUAUAAUACAAAAGAGGCUCACCUGGAAUGAAGCGGCUGAGGAAUGCAAUAAAGAUGGAAGUCUGCUGGCAAGUGUUCAUAGUGAGGCCCAACAAAUAUUUUUGGAAAGCAUCGUGAAGCAGGAUGGUUUCUCCCUCUGGAUUGGAUUAUCAAGCUAUGGAGCAAACCAUACGGACUUCAAAUGGGCUGAUAAUUCUCAGUAUGACUAUGAGCACAUUCACUUUGCUCAGAUAAUUUAUGCAAAAAAUUGCAUUUUGUUGGACACCAAAGGACUCUGGCACUCCAACAACUGCACAGACCAACUGGAAGGCGCCAUUUGUUACAAAGCUUCAGUUGCGUCAUUAAAAGUAAGAGUGGCCAUAGGAGUAACAGCUUUUCUUAUCAUCCUCUUCCUCCUCUUGGGACUGUUUCUCUUUCACUACAAAGAGCAAAUCUCCGGCUUCUCCCCCACAAUUCAUUAUCGGCACAUGGGGGACGACACAGAACCAUGCCUACCGUUCCCUACAGGACACACAAGGUCUCUCCCUGCCAGACCACGUGACUCUCAGGACACUUUUGCUCUUUAUCCUUUGGGCACCUCUCCUGGAAUAACAGAGGAAAAACCUGGAGAAGAAAAGCCAAUGAGGGCUCUAAUACUGCUCUCCCUCUGCAGCGCUGCAUAUUGUGCCGCCGGUCUCCCUGGCUCAGCCCCCCAAGAAAAUGGAACAGGAUGUCCAUCUCCAGCCUGGGUUUGGUUUAACAGCAGCUGUUACACUCUCCUCCAUACUACACCAAAGGACUUGCUAAAUAUUGAGCCUGCUGAAGAGCUUUGCAAAGCCUAUGGUGCCAACUUGAUAAGCAUCAAUACCGAAGAGGAAAACACAUUUAUAUUAAAGAUGUUUCAAGCUGAAUGGAAGGGUCCAGAGAAAAUCUUACUGGGAAUGUUCUACGACAGUGAUGACGAUACUAUGAAAUGGUUUGACCAGUCUGAAGUGAGCUUCACAAACUGGAGAGGAGGAGAGGAGAAGAAUCACAACAACCUGAUCACGUGCGCCACAAUGAGCACAAUCACGGGGCUGUGGCAUCUCGACAGUUGUGAAAACGUGGCUGAAAUGGCAACUUUGUGUAAAAAACCCACAAAUCCCCAAAGUGAAUAUAACUUAUCAGAUCAAGGGGCUUUAACAAUCACCCUGAUCAUCUUCAUUGUAUUCCUUGUAAUUAGUGUAUCGGCCUUACUCUUAGUAUUGUAUAGGAGAGGCUCUCCGGGAUUUCCAUCAAGGAACUACACCUUGGCCAGCAACGUUCUUCCUUACACUGAUCAGGAUGUAUUGAUGGAUACAGAGGAAACGGAGGACUCCAAUGCCUAGCACAGUGGUGCCCAAACAAAGGGACUGGACCCUAUAGGUGAACCCAGAACAGUGAAAGGGGGUCGGGCCGCCUGAAGGAACUGAAGUUAAUCAUUUGCUGAAUAGGGCACCCCUAGAAAUAUAGCAGUGACAAUGUGUUCAUAUGUCCGUAACAUUAAUAUGAGGCACGUUGGGUCCUGUCACUACAGUAGGAAGUAAGGCAGAAGCCAAAGCCAAAAAGCCUAAGACCUGGUACAACCUGGCAUAAGGUACAGUCCAUUCCAACGCGAGGCAUAUCAAUAAAACAUAUGAGCUCAACAA